AUGCCGAAGUGUUCGUUAGGAAAUUGUAAAAAUAUAACAUCGAGAACGUUAAAAUCUGACGGAAUAUCGUACUUUCGUUUUCCCCGUGACCCAAUCCGAUGUAAAGAAUGGAUAUCAGCCGUCAGGCGAUCAAGACAAGGAGUUUUCUUUAAGCCGAACAGAUCAAACGUAGUUUGUUCGGAACAUUUUUCUGAAAAAGAUAUGUACAUUACAGAAAAAGGCAGAGUCCGUCUGCUCAAGAAGGCCGUUCCUCUUGUACCAACUGACACGCAGGGCAAUAGCGGCGUCACUCAAGCUAGCUGUGAGACUGUAACAUUAAAUUUACCAAAUAUUGAGGGAUACAAGCCUACUACUACUUCUUUAAGCAUAAGUUCCGUUUUGAAUACACCUGAAGAAGCACUAUUAGAAAUGGAGCUGGAGAAAUGCCGCAGAAGAUUGAAAGUCAAAAAUAAUAUCAUCAGUAACUUGAGGAAAAAGAAUUCUAGAUUAAUAAAAAGGAAUGCUGUGUUAAAGAGCGCUUUAAAAAUUUUAAGAAAAAAAUUAAAAUUAGAUUCGAAUUUAUAUCAAGAACCAACACAUGUUAUUGUGUGCGAACAAAACGGG